CUUGAUAAGGGUGACUAACUCUGCGUAGGUCAUAAUUUUUACGAAAUCAAAUGUAAAUAGUAUUUGCCAUAUACAGAGCUGAAAGGAUUUGUUAAAUAAGGAGGUAUAGACGGAUGAUCACUUACGAAUAGGCCACCAUUUUUGAAAAGCAAUGUAUAUGUAUUAAAAGUUGCCAUAAAUACAGCUGCGUGGAUAUCUAAAAGAAAAGAAGGAGUUUAUCGUUAAAUUACAAAACAGCAUGUGAGAUAAUUCUAAAUAGCAGUACCAAUAAGUAAGGAGUCGAUUUUUACCAUCAUUUUAACUGGUUAAGCAAGAGAGCAGAUAAAACCGUUCCGAGAAAUAAUUUCCAUUGGAACUAUCGGCCACAAUGUUUAAACAUGUAAGCCUGCACGAAUUUGGUUCAAGACCUUAUUCAUUGAUUCAGGACAUACUUCAUUACAACGAGAAAAAUACUCCUCAGUUUUCGGAAAUAUUGAGAAUAUUUUGUCGUGAAUAUCAGAAACACUAGGUAACAAACGCAUGCGAGAGUAUCAUUAUAUGCCAGACUUCAAUUAUACAAAAGGAUACUUCACAUCCGUUUGUAUUGCCAUAACGACGAAAUAAGGGAGAUAAUCAUAACAGCUUCUAGAUCUAGUAAAUAAGUUAUCAAGAUGUUAACUGCCAAAGUACCACAUGUUACAGAGGAAGAAGAGAACUAUUUAAGAAUGCAUUUAUUGAUGACAAAAAUUUCUUCAAGAGCUGUACGAGUUUUAUUUGACAAAGAGUUUUCUCCUGUUUGCCUAGAUGCUACAAUUAAAAAGGAAACUGGGAAGCUAAUGGACUUGAAAAGUAAACAUAUUAUUAACGGAGCUCAAUGGAAAUUACUGUUUCCUCGUGUUGGUGUACCCGACUCUAACACUUUUGAUGUCACAUUAAUGGUGGCAUUACUCAGGAAUUUGACAAAACUACCUCCGCCUACAGGUGGAUAUGACUACCUACCAUUAACUACAGAUACCACACCCGUGGAUGACCUGGCAAGAAUCAAACACUAUAGAAAUAGCCUAGCUCAAUUUGGAGACGGAGAGAUCAAAUCUACAGUCUUUGUUACUGCAUGGGAAAAUAUUAGUGGAGCUGUGAAGAGACUUGGUGGUCUGGAUAUGGCUAAGGAAUGUCAAGAGCUAAGAUCAAAACAUUUAGACCAAUCAACAGUACCUUGGAAUAUUAGAGUACAAAUCAUUCAAAUACUGGAUCAGUGGCAAAAGAAUGAUGAAUACUUUGUCGAGACUAAAGCUGCAAAACAUGUGCUAAAAUGUAUUCAAGAAAAUAGUUGUGUCACCAUAACUGCUAGUUCUGGUGUUGGCAAGACAGCAACCCUACAACAUGUAGUUUUAAAAAUGGCAGACGAAGGGUAUGAUGUAGUUCUUGUAACCAAUCCACAUACCAUUAUUGAGUUUUAUAAUCCAAAUCAGAAAACAUUGUUUGUAAUUGAUAACUUUUGUGGAACAUAUUCUAUUAACAGGUCUGAUCUAUACAAUUGGGAAUCAGUUAUGAUGCGUAUUGAAGAGCUAGUUCAUAAAUCACUCAUAAAAAUUAUUGUUGCCUGUAGGAUACAAGUAUACAAAGAUAAAAAAUUUGAAGCGCUGCAUAUUUUCAAAACCAAUGUAUGUAACUUGUUAUCAGAAUAUUUAUGCUUGUCACAGGCUGAAAAGACGUUAAUAGCAGAAAUGUACCUCGAAACAGAGGCUGCUGAGAUUAUCCAAUAUAGUCAUUUAUAUGACUGUUUUCCGCUUCUAUGUAAACUUUAUCGUGUUAACACUGAACCCAGUAUUACAGCAUUUUUCAAGAAUCCAUUUUCAGUGUAUGAAGCAGAAAUCGAACAGCUCAAGAAGAAUGAAUUUUACGGAAAAUACUGUGCUUUGGCAUUGUGUGUCAUGUUCAAUAACGAGUUAAAGGAGGAAGUGUUAAAAGAAGAGAUAGAUAAAGAAACAAAAAGAAUCAUAAAGAACACGUGUGAGGCUUGUAGGUUAGAAAGAAGUACAUCAAGAUUAAUGUUAUUGGAUGAACUUGAUACCCUCGAACAUACUUUUUUGAAAAAAAAAGAUGGCGUUUACAGAACAAUACAUGAUAAACUAUUCGACUUUUUAUCUUAUUAUUUUGGGAAAAUGAUAAUUCCGUGUUUGAUUAAGAAUUCCGAAAGUAUGUUUAUCAGCGAACGAUUUUCAUUCAAAAGAGAAGAAGAUUUGGAACAGUUUAUCAUUGUUGUACCAACAGAUUACCAUCAAAUGUACAUUCAAAGAAUGGUUGAUGACUGGUCUAGUGGUUGGGUUAUGCCAGUGUUCAACAACAAAAAUAUGGACAAACCAGAUUUUAGAAAGAGAUUUCUGAAUUUUGUGGAAACACUUGAUUUAUCAUACCAAAAACAGUUAGCCCAAACUGAUGAUAUCAUAAUCAAACAUGGUGCACUAUUAUUUUGUUGUUUUAUAUGUGACUUUUCUUUGAUUCAGUGGUUUUGUUUUCAUGGUGCAGAUGUUAACAAAUGUAGACCUAAUGGUGUAAGUCCUUUAUCUGUUUCAUCACAGGAAGGUGAUACUGAAGCAGUGAAGCUGUUACUUGAAUACAAGGCAGAUGUUUAUAAAUGUAGAGCUGAUGAAAUAUCUCCCUUGUUUUUGGCUUGUCAACAGAAUCAUAUAGAAAUAGUUAAGAUGUUACUUGAACACAAGGCAGACGUUAACAAAUGUAAUAAGAAUGAAGUUUCUCCUUUAUUUAUGGCUUGUCGACAGAAUCAUACAGAAAUAGUUAAGAUGUUACAUGAAUACAAGGCAGACGUUAAUAAAUGUGAUAAGAAUGAAGCAUCUCCCUUGCUUAUGUCUUGUCGAAUGGAUCAUGUUAAAAUAGUUAAGAUGUUACUUGAAUACAAGGCAGACGUUAACAAAUGUGAAAAGAAUGAAGUUUCUCCCUUAUAUUUGGCUUGUCAUUAUAAUCAUACAGAAAUAGUUAAGAUGUUACUUGAAUACAAGGCAGACGUUAAUAAAUGUGAUCAGAAUGAAGUAUCUCCCUUGCUUAUUGCUUGUCUGGAGGAUAAUGUUAAAAUAGUUAAGAUGUUACUUGAAUACAAGGCAGACGUUAACAAAUGUGAUAAGAAUGAAGUAUCUCCCUUACUUAUGGCAUGUCAUCAAAAUCAUAUAGAAAUAGUUAAGAUUUUACUAAAAUACAAGUCAGACAUUAAUAAAUGUGAUAAGAAUGAAGUAUCUCCCUUGCUUCUGGCUUGUCGACAGAAUAAUGUUAAAAUAGUGAAGAUAUUACUUGAAUGCAAGGCAGAGGUUAACAAAUGUGAUAAGAAUGAAGUUUCGCCCUUAUUUUUGGCUUGUCAACAUCAUCAUAUAGAAAUAGUUAAGAUUUUACUUGAAUACAAGGCAGACGUUAAUAUAUGUGAUAAGAAUGAAGUAUCUCCCUUGUUUAUGGCUUGUCAUGAAAUUCAUAUUGAAAUAGUUAAGAUGUUACUUGAAUACAAGGCAGAUGUUAAUAUAUGUGAUAAGAAUGAAGUAUCUCCCUUGUUUUUUGCUUGUCAGCAAAAUCAUAUUGAAAUAGUUAAGAUGUUACUUGAAUACAAAGCAGACGUUAAUAAAUGUGAUAAAAAUGAAGUAUCUCCCUUACAAAUGGCUUGUCAGCAGAAUCAUGUUGCUGUAGUUAAGAUAUUACUUGAAUACAAGGCGGACGUUAAUAAAUGUACAAAACAUAAAGCAUCUCCCCUGUUAAUAGCUUGUGGAUUGAGUUAUAGUGAAAUAGAUGAGAUAAGACAUGAAUACGAGGCAGAUGUUGAUAAAUGUGAUGAGAAUAAAUUAUCUUCCCUUUUAAUGGCUUGUAUGCAGGAUCAUGCUGAAAUAGUUAAGAUGUUACUUGAACACAAGGCAGACGUUAACAAAUGUAGUGAGGAUGAAGCAUCUCCCUUAUUUAGGGCUUGUCAGGAGAAUCAUAUUGAAAUAGUUGAGAUAUUACUUAAAUACAAAGCAGACGUUAAUAAAUGUAAUGAGAAUGAACUAUCUCCCUUGUUUUUGGCUUGUCAGGAAAAUCAUAUUGAAAUAGUUAAGAUGUUACUUGAAUACAAAGCAGACGUUAAUAAAUGUGAUAAAAAUGAAGUAUCUCCCUUGCAAAUGGCUUGUCAGCAGAAGCAUGUUGAUGUAGUUCAGAUAUUAAGUGAAUACAAAGCAGAUGAAGCAUAGUACAGAUGUAACUGGACAACAAGGCAGACAUUAAUUACUGUAGAAACAAUGGUGAAUUCCUAUAUUUUACGUGACUUACCAUUUAUUCAGUUUUGAUGAUGAAAGAAAUGGAUCGAAAGACAAAAUUGAUUUUCCAAAGGCGGUAAUGGUAACGUUUUAAUAUAUAGCUCAGUCCAUAUCGUAAACUUGGAUAUGUUUGAUGGCUCAUUUCGAAGAUUGGACAUUUUAACAUGUGUGGUUAAAUUUUCGGUGUACGAUGUGAGAUUCCUGUGUCCGUAAAUAAGCAUACACCGAAAAUCCUAUUGUGAUACGGCUCCUUAUUCACUGAAUUACCAUUAUUUCCCACAUCUGGAAGAAAAAGACCCAACAGAGACUAGUAACUAUAGAGGUAUAACAGUAACACCAAUAACUGGGAAAACCUUUGAGUACUCAUUUCUAAACAAACUGAUGAUAGAGCCAAAAACAGACCUCCAAUUUGGAUUCACCAAAGGUGUAUCACCAAUCAUGGCAAGCUUAAUUAUUUCAGAAGCUAGAUCUAAUGAGAAAAAAGGGGAAUGACAAUUUUUAUAUAAACAUUCUGGAUGUAAAAUCAGCAUUUGAUUUAGCCCAACACACUAUACCGAUGGAUAAAAUGCUUAAACAAUAAAUCCAUCCAAUAUACUGGACAAUAUUACUAAGUAACAGAACUAUAUACUGACCUAACUACAAAAAGUUAAAUGGCUUGAUGGUAUAAGUAAACCUUUCCAAAUUAAACAAGGUGUAAGACAGGGAGGAAUAUUAUCAAUCCAUCUAUACAAAAUCUUUGUCCAAGAUCUCCUAGUAGAAUUAGAACAAAAUUCAAUAGGAUACCAAGUAGGAAAUAUAUAUGUAGGAUCACCAACUUGAGCCGACGAUAUAGCCUUUAUAUCGAAUGACAAGCAUGAACUACAACUAUUGCUAAAUGUUCUCGGAAGAUAUGCAAAUGAACACCAUUACAGCAUACAUCCAACAAAAACCCAAAUCAUAGAUUGUUCCAAAACAAAAAAUGAUUUCAACUUGACACUUGAUGGAAUGAUGUAACAAUUGCUAAAUCAGGUGUACACCUUGGAUUAACAAAAGCUGGUAAUAACGAAAGUCAUAUCAAUGUACAAGAGAGAAUAAAAAUAGCAAGAAGAACU